AUGCCGCGCAAAAAGACCCCACAACAAACGAUGGACGACCCGGAUCCUCCUUCUUCAAACCCAACACACACACCAAAUCCAGCACCGAGCUCUCCAAAGAAAAAAAAGAAGACAUCCAAAGCAAAAUCGAGUUCGCAAACAUCCACCGCCGAUGUUUCAACCCCCAAACCUACUGAAAAGUCCACCGUCAACAAUGCCGCCACCCCGAAAGCUGACCAGGACCCAACUCCCAAGAAAGGUUUUCCUCGAUGGUCCAUUGAAGAGGACAAAAAGCUCUGCAUUGCUUGGUUGAAUACGAGUCGCGACCCGAUCGUUGGGAAUGGGCAGAAGGCCACCACUUUUUGGGAACGAAUCCACGCAACCCUCUCCGACUUGAUCACCGAAUACAAUGACGAUAAGAAGAACUCGAAGAACUUCAAGCCUCUUCCUAUACGACCAGUUGGGGCCGUUGAAUGCCACUGGGGACACAUCCAAAAGUGUGUCAGUAAAUUUGCUGGCUGCUUUGCAAAUGCUGAACGACGCUUGAAGAGCGGAAAGAGUCGAGAUGAUAUUUUUACCGAGGCAAAAGAAUUAUAUAAGGCUUCCUCGGGGGGUGGUUUCAACCUUGACCAUUGCUGGGGUAUCUUGAAAGACACCCCAAAAUGGCAGGCUACCCAGGAAGAGAAUAAAUCUCGAGGCAAGAAGACCCAGAUAUCUAGCCCACCUCCUCCUUCGACCGAUGUGAGCAGCUCGACAAAUGCGAUCUCAAGCCCUCCAGCAAUUGAUGUUGAAGACGACGAGUCGGAACCUGCUCGAUCGGUCCUUGGAAACACUCGUAUCGAAGGUUCUAAAGCGGCCAAGCGAAAACGAGCGGAGGAGGCGUCAAUUACGAAAAUUGUUGCAAUGCAAAAGGAUCUCGUUGAGAUAUCGCGCGAACGAUUAACAUCGAUGAAAGCUGCAUCGGACGAUGCAAUCAUGUCAAAGGAUCUGACUUCGAUGGACGAGGAGAGUCGUGCGUAUUAUCAAAGGAAGAGACGAGCAAUCAUCGCUCGCGAGCUCGAGCAAGAAGAGAAGGAGAACAAGGAAAAGGAGAGAAAGGAAAAGGAGAAAAGGGAAAAGGAAGAAAGGGAGAAAAAGGAGAAGGAAGAAAAGGAGAAAAAGGAGAAGGAAGAAAGGGAGAAAAAGGAGAAGGAAAAAGAGCUAGGAGAAACCGAAACCGAAAGCGAAAGCGAUGAAGAAGAGGGAGACGAAAAUGAUGAGGGCGAGGGUGAGAAUGACGACGAGGAGGAUUACAACAAAAAAAACUGA